AAACAAGAAGGUUAAGGUUUGGAUACAAAAAAGUUGGAAUGUCCGAAGCAUCGCAAACUUCUACUUCGAAAGAAGCGCAAAUAGAAAUUUCUGUCCUAGAGAAACAGGCUCCUUCAGAAAGCUCUACAUCACAAAUAAGUUUCUAUCGAAUCCUUCAAUCAUUAAUAAAUCUAGUAAGCCCAAGUAGAGAAACCCCAGAAAUAAUAAGUAUUUCUGAUGAUGAAUGGGUACAACAAGGAAUUAUAGUAAUACCGGUAGAACCACUUAGGGAACUACAUUUAUUAAGUGAAGAGGAUCAAAAACUUUUUGAACAAAUGAAAACGUGGGUGACAGAUCAUCCGGAAAAUGGACUUAUUGAAUGUGUUGAAGAAUUCGCAACUUACCAAUUAGGUGACGCUUUAGCGAAGGUGCUUUACAACUAUCAAUUCCCUGAUUUCAUCAUUACAUACAUACAUGAUACAAAUGACAAACGCUUACAAGAAAAAAAAAUAAAACGAAAGAAUUUCGAGAAAUUAUUGCUAAAAGCCGGAUUAGUUAUCGAACAUGAACGAGAUGGUGUUAGUGAUACUGUAUACAUGAAAUUGUUCGCUCCAUUUGGAAAGUUAUGCGAACAGGCAGAAGUGAUCAAAUUGAGGAUGAGAUUGGAUAAAUCAAAUAUGAAGGAUGAAUUGAAAGAACUAGAAAAGUUGAUUCCUCAAAUAAAACCUCAUAUCGCCAAAAUCAUGAGAUAUUUCACACACCCUAUAAAUUUUGCAAAACAGUCGACUAUUUUUAAGUUAGAAAAAAUAAGACAAUUUGAGGGCGCCGAAGAGUCCCGAUCCAUAAGUGAUAUUAUGUUGAAUUUUUUUCCAAUGUCACGAAGGAAUUUAAUGGUUUAUAGAGUAAUAGUAAUAGCUAAUCAGAUUCAAAAGACAGUAUUAUAUAAAGGCAACCAAAUUUUGGCUAAACGUCAAAUAACAGCGUUAUCUAUUGACAAUUUGAUCAAAGACAACGUAUUCCUUAGUUACUUUCCAUUACACGAUGGUCCCUUCACGCAUGACAAAACAGUCAAUGUUGAAAAAUUAGUAGAACAAAGUUUUUACGGUGAACCAACAUAUAAAAUUAGCGAUGACGAUAGAAAACCAAUUCUUGAAAGUGUUAGUGAUAAAGAUGACGGCGAAAAACCAGCUUCUGAUAGAAAACAUAAUGUGAAAGUAACUAAACGAGCUUGGCUAUAUGAAAAUUGGGUCCGUAGUAUAGGUAGACAACCAUUAGAAGAGAUUAGAGAAUAUUUUGGAGAAAAGAUGGCAUUAUAUUUUGCUUGGUUAGGUUUCUAUACCACUUGGUUAACGAUAGCAUCUAUAGCUGGUGUCCUUGUUAUUGUAAAUGGGAUAAUAGAAGGCAUAAAGACUCAGACACUUGGUAGCGUUGUUGGAAUUUCCAUUAUUUGGGAUAAUUCAUUGACAGCUCCUUUUGCUUUUUUCAUGUCUAUAUGGUCCGUGUUGUUUUUACAAUAUUGGAAAAGAACAAAUGCGUCAAUUCAAUAUGAUUGGGAUGUUAUGGAGUUUGAAAAGGAGGAAUUACCAAGGCCAGAAUUUUAUGGAACAA